CGGGAUAUGUUAUUUUGCUGUUGCGAGCUGAAAUCUGGAUUAUUGCAAGUUCUUUUGAUCAUAUCCAAUGUCUAAUUUACAUCCUCAAAUGCUAAAACCUUAAUAGUUCAACUAAUAAAUCAGAUCACGAUGGCGGACCUGGAGGGUUUGAAGAAGGUGCUGCGGUCGCUGGUGGUGUCGUCGGCGACGACGAUGGACGCGGCGUCGCUGCUGCGCGACUACCGGCGCAUGCUGGGCGAGGCGCUGCCCUGCGCCAAGCACGGCUUCCGCGACCCUGUGCAGUUUCUGCGGGAACGCUGCUCCGAUUGUUUUCUGUUUGCGGGGCCGCAGAACAAUCCCAUACUGACCCUCAUUGUGACAGACUCCAUCAAACACAUUGACCAAUUUGUCCAGAGCCAAAAGUGUUCAAAGCUGGUAAGGGGAAAACGGAGAAGCGUCCCAGAGUCCAUAAUAAGAAAACCACAGCCUAAUCUAAUAGCAAACACAUUCAACCUAGAAACCAACAGAAUACCAAAUGGCAGACCAAUAACCACACCCAACAGAGGAUACACAGGAAGAGAGCCGCAAACAGAACCUAGGAAACCAGAACCAGUGGCACGAUACACGGCACCUUGCAAACUGGAACCAAUAGCACAAUAUUCAGAACCUAGGAAAACGGAGUCGUUUCCACAACUAGUCACAAAGCCUGUUACCAUGACCCCAAGACCUAGUGCCAAGAAGGAUGAGUCGGAAUGUUCAGAUGCCCCGUCAGCUAAGGUGGAGCCAGUAAGCAACGGGCACAGCGAGCAGGAGGAAGCAGACUCGCACCAGCGGCUGCAGCGGUUCUAUAGGAAGCGGAUGCUAAUGUACCAGUCACAGAAGCUGGGCAGCAAAGACUCGCUCCGGGACGACGAUUCGGGCCGGCAGACUUCCUCCAGCCUGAGCGAGCGGUCGGCGACGGCGUGGUCGAGCCUGCAGGCCGAGAUAUUGCGGCUGGUGGCCCGGCGGCCUGAAGGCGUCUGGUGCAGCGAGCUUCUACGACUCUAUGAAGAGGAAUACGGCCACCAGCUGAACUUCGCUCGCUUCCGCUACCCGUCGGUGUCGGCGUGCGCGUGCGCUGUGGAAGGGUUGAGUGCGCAACGGGCCCCUGACGGCAACUGGCUGCUUACCAUACAAGGCAGCCAGAAGCCGAGCAUUCGUUGCGAGCCGGCACUACGCCUGCGUCGAGUUCCUCGAGACUCCUCGCUCAGCGCCAGCAGACACGCCAGUCGCACGCUACUCGACGCAGAUGACGCUUUACCUGGCAUAGACUAUGACCCGGACGUGUUCCCCGCCGACUGCCUGAGCUUCCUGGAGAGCAUCCCGCCGGGCAGCCUGGCCGGAGUGGGCCCCGGGGACAUGCUGCCGGUGCUGGUGGCCGAGGUGUACUCCCCGAGCCAUCUGUGGCUGCAGCGCCUGGGGCCCGAGCACGAGCUCAUGCAGGAGUACAUGGACCAGAUGACGGAGUACUACUCGAAGGGCGAGGGGGCGGACCGCGUGCUGGCCGCCGGCGCGCGCCGGCCGGGGCAGUACUGCAGCAGCGUGUUCGAGGGCGACUGGCACCGCUCGCUCAUCGUGCAGAUUGUCGACAGCGACACUGUCAAGGUGCGGCACGUGGACUACGGCACGGUGGACGCGGUGGCGGCGACGUCGCUGCGGCCGCUGCGGCGCUGCUGGGCCGCGCUGCCGGCGGCGGCCGUGCGCGCGCGCCUGGCCGGGCUGCGGCCCGCCGCCGCCAGCCGGCGCUGGCCGCGCGCCGCCGCCGCCCACUGCCUGGACCUGGUGCGCGAGCGCCGCCUCGUCGGGAACGUCGUGGCCGUCGACCACGAGGAGAGCAUCCUCGAGGUGCUGCUGAUCGACACGUCGACGGACGAGGACGUGAACAUCACGGAGCAGAUGAUCCGCGCCGGGCACGCCGACGCGCGCGCCCUGCCCCAGCUCGGGGCGCGCGACGGCUACCUGCUGCCCGCCUUCCACGCGCUCGAGCACGGCCUCACGCCCAACUACACCGAGAUCCACGCGCUGCUGCGCGACGGCAUCGCGCUCGACUUCGUCGACUCGUACCGCAACCACGUCCCGGCCUGCUGCCCACCUCCAGCGACGACAGCGGACUGCGGCCCGCGGCCCGCGCUGGCCGCCAACCGCGUGCCCGUGGCGCUGUCGCUGCUCCGCCUCGCGCCCGAGCCGCCCAGCCCGGAGCCCUCGCCCGUCCCCGACUCCACCCCCGCCGCGUCGCCGCGGGACCUGUCGGCCGAGUCGGACUCGCCCGUCCCGGAGACCCAGGAGCGUUGCAUGACCCCGGCCGCGCCCUGCUGCGCCCCGCGCCCCCCCGCGCCGCACCCCGCGUCGUUCUACGCGUUGCCGUACUGCCCGUGCACGCAGGCCUACAAGCCGCAGGUGCAGGUCCCGGUGUCCGUGCCCGUGCUCCGCUCCUACUCGCCGGGCUACUUCCGCCCGCGCGUGUCCCCGCAGCAGUACUACCCCCGGCUCGCACCGCCGGUCAGCAUGAACUACUACGGCCCGCCGGUUUUCCAUCCGGCCCCCCGACAUUUCCCGGUCACGCCUCACCCUCCCGAUCCCCAACGGUUCGCUCCGAACUCGAUGCAAAAUCCUCAGCAGUUCGUCCCAAAUGCGACCCGAAACUUCAGGCCUUACCCGGGACCGAAUCCGCACGGUCCCGCGCCGAAUUCGCCCAACUUCGGGCCGGGCCCCGGGCCGAAUCCGUCCAACUUCGGACCGAGCCCCGGGCCUUACUCGCCAAAUUUCGGACCUGCGCCUACUCAGCAAAAUAAUGGCGCCGGUUCCCCAAAUCUGCAAUCGGCCCCGCGACCCCCAAACUGCGGGCCGGGGUCGCUCCGGGCGUCGUCGAACUGUUUAAGCGGCGCGGACGGGCCCUCGGUGCGGUUGAGCGCGGAGGAGUGCGAGAUAUUCGAGUUGCUUUCCCGCGUGGACCCGGGCGCGGCGCACCGGUACAUGAUCGCGGCGCUGCGGCGCGCGCGCGGCGGCGGCCUCGCGGACCGGCCCGGCGGCCCCGACCGGCCCCCCGGCCUCGGCCCCGAGCGGCCCCCCGGCCUCAACCCCGACGCGGCCGAGUUCCGAGCGCCGCCCGGCUUUGAGAACUUUACCAAGUAG